AUGCAUCUUUCGGCUCAUAAGGCAACCAAGAAACUUGGCGUUUCGUCUGAUACAUUACGCCGUUGGCUUAAACAAGGAAAAAUAUCUGCAACCACGUCACCUUCCGGAACGCGUCUUUACGAUCUUUCAUCCCUAUUCCCCGAAUUAGCAACUAAUAAUGGUGGUAGUGGUGGAGGAGGUAGAAAAGAUCUCGAACAACAAAAACAACAUUUACUUUCACGAUUUCCUACUUAUGAACUUAUUAGUGAUAUCGGUUCGGGUGUAAACUUUAAAAGACCGGGACUUAAACAUUUAUUAGAUUACGCUUGUCGAGGUCUCGUUUCAGAAGUUGUAAUUACUCAUCGUGAUAGGCUCUGUCGUUUUGCAUUUGAUCUAUUUCAACAAAUUUUUUCAGUUCAUAAUGUAAAACUUGUAGUGAUCUUUAAUGAAUCAAUCUCUAAUGAACGAGAACUUACCAAAGACAUUAUUGCCAUUAACACUAUAUUCAUAGAACAUCAAAGGCAAAAAGGAAUAGAUGAUAAUCAAGAUAAUGGAAGUGGAAUAUAUCCUCAAUCACAUCACAUUUCUAAUACUAUUCCAAAUCUUCAGAAUAUUCAAAAUCUUCAAAAUAUACCUUUAUCCCCUUUAGAAACUUCUACCGAAUAA